UCACAAUCACCUUCUCUCUUUCACAAACAACAAAAGUUUCGAGCGGGAGAAACUACGAGAGCGACGUGAUUCAAUGAGAGUAGUCAGGUACGCCUGAUAAAAAACAGAGGAAUUUGGAUCGUACCUUUUGAAGAAUCAACAGGAAGCUUUCUAAAUUAAUUCCAGCAUCGUAUUACGCAUAAAAAAGAAUUGGAAUCUGGAUCGAAUCCAUAGCGUGACUCCGCAUCUGACGCAUCUUGCCUUAAUUGAGUGAUUAUCCGUGGUAUAGCACAUUGAUAUUAAGAUCUUAAACACCACGAUUAAUCGACAGGGACAUUCGUUAUUAACCGGAACCGGAGAAAAUUGUGCCGAGAAAUCGAGAAAUUUUCACUCGGCGUGAAGUGUAUGUCAAACAUUAGCACAUGUAGAAAAACUUUACACGACGACCCACAAUCUUCGAAUGAUCCUUUCGAAUUUUUUUCUGAGGACGCUACGGUAAAAUCUAUCAGGACACCUGUGGACACAGAUGUCUACAAAUGAGUAAUCUGUCCGAGGAUAUUACGUUUUCUCGUAUAUGCCUGGACCGAUCAUUUGAAGGAACUAUUAUAGACGAGGUGUUGAUGGUUUUGCACUGAUGCGGCGAUAAAUCAGCCUGACGUUAAUCGCGAUACGCCACUCUUUGCAUCUGAAUACGCGCUCACCCUAAACGAAGAAGAUAGCAUUUUACUGAGAGAAACAGGAUCUCGUUAGAGCCCAAGACUUGACAGCCAAUUGAAUCGACGCAAUAAGGAACAGGAAAAUCGAAGCCUUAAAGAUCGGACGUCUUGCCUCACAAAUUUGCCAGCCGUGUAAACGUCUCGUGAGAUGCGAGAAAUUGCUAUCGGUAUCAUCGCAUCGAUGAUCGUCUUCCCGCCCACGGAAUUAGUCUCGCCCGUCGUAGACUGGAAUUGCAGAAGGCACUGGAUAUGAAUUUGCAGAAUUAUCGCGCACUCUCCAGAUUUCGCAUUUGCGACGAUAAAGAAGCGGCGAACGAACGACGUGAAGAUCAAUAUCAAUCCGUCAUACAUGAAAGAAUGCAAAGAUGUGGAUGCAGAUGUUAAAAAUUGUGGUGGUCCUGCUUGUCGCAGGAUCAGGGGAUACCAGACCUCAGAAAAGUGAUGAUGUAAAUUUGGCACCACAAGCGGAAUCGAGCGACGCAGGAUGGAAAGACGUUCAAGCCUGGAACAAGACGCACGAUACAAUUCGGGACGAUAGCAGUGAGCAGCUAAAUAUCACCCGUGACUUGAAGGAUCUACAAUAUAUGGAUCAAUCCUUGAGAACCGUCGCCACUCAACUUCUCAACGUUACGAAUUCACAGGACGUAAUAAAGGUGCAUAAUAAAGACUUCACCACCGUAGAACAUGGCAUCGCUACGACGCUGAAGUCCUCGGAGAAAAACGACACAUCUUCGCUCAUAAAAGAAGUCAAUUCAGAAAUCGGUAACUUAGAAUCCACUGGUUUAAUUUUCGGCAGGCCGAUAAAUUCCAAGUUUAGUUACUUCGAGAAUAGCCACCCUGGCCAGGCAAUGGCGAUGACUCAGGAAGAACUCGAACGAGAGAUGAGUUCCACGAGGCUAAUGACCGCCUAUAAAAAUAAUCCGACAACUACCGGCGGUAUUUCCACAUGGAUCCUGCUGAAUCCACCGUCAACGACUGUUAAGAGCGCGGAAGUUGAGAAAAUAAAGUUACAACAACCUUUUCAGACAGAAGUACGACUGACAGUCAGACCAAGCUCGUCGAUCGACAGAGUGGAAACGAUCUCGCAAUCUGAUAAGACGUCAGAGAAGAGCACACCGCAGUUGACUCCCAUUAUAACCACCGAGAAGAUAACCGUGAUCACGAAAAAACCGACUACAACGAUCACGAAAAAGAUCACAACUACUCAAAGACCGGAGAAAGCUACUUCAGAUUCGGAAUUGGAAUCCUCCUCGGGUACGACUUUAAAGGCAGUUCGCACCACAACUCUAAGCAGUUUGGCGAGCAACGAAACAACAUUCUGGACAACCAUUUCCACGACGAAGAAGAAUCAGCGAACCACUUCUAAACCGAAGAUUACUACGUCGAGAACGACUUCGCAUUCUAAACCGAUAACGACAAAACCGACGAGAUCAGGUCAACAGGGUAGACCGAAGCCUACCACGACAAGAAGAACCACGGUCAAAUUUGAAACAAUAAAAAACGAGACUUCCGCGUCAACUGGUAAGAUUGAGAAGGUGACUUUCAAGCCGGUUCAAAUCAUCACGACUCCGCAGAACAAACCGGAGAACACUGAAAAACCGAUAUUUGUCACCAAGAUAAAAGCUUCAGUAUUCAUGGACAAUCAGAAAUCUCCGACUACUUUACUUCCGACAUCGGCUAUAACCACCCCAGCUUCCGAUAUCGCGUCUAAAACAGAAUUGUUCGGCAUCGACCUUGUGGAAGUGCCAGUAAAAUCGAAGCCGACCGGCACGAAGGUGAAUAACGUGUUGAAAGUACAGCUGAAGAAGCCUGCAGAAGAGACUACGCAGAUUGAAAUAGAACCGAUUAAAGUGAACGCGCCUGUCCUCAAGAUCGAGAAGAUCGACAAGAACAAGAUGGAGCAAAUCGUGGACAAGGAUACGGACAAUCUGAGUAGCUCCAAGAUAGAUUUACAGUUCGACUUCAAUCCCGAAUUAACAAAAAUUAACGUAGAAACGCAAACGCAAAUGGAAGUGACGUCGACAACGACGACUGCAACGUCAACGUCGACCACGACUAAACGACCGAGACACAAUUCGAAGAGGAAGAAGAACAAAGUUCGCAGACGCAAGCCAUCCACGACUUCGGCAGCGCCAAGUCCGACGACAGUCGCAACGAUCGUUUCUACUUUGAUGGAGACUGGCGAGGGUACCACGAAUGACAUCUUUUUAGAUAACGCGAUCCAAGAGUCAAAGAUCGCACCCGAGACAAAGAUCGCAAACGCGACGAAGAACAAAAAGAAACAGCCGCAGAAAGCGAUUAGCACUCAAAUCUACAAUUUUCUCAGUCGCGACGUGAUGCCUAGCUUCGGCGUAAUGUCACUGGUAGGUCUGGGUCUCGGUUUAGCCUCGUACUUCUUGUACCCCUUCGGCGGUACCAUCUCUCGAAGAAACUACGACGUGGAGCCAAAUUACAAAUAUAAUUUGGACGAGUACGGCGGCAAUUACGGGCAGAGCGAGGAGGAGGUUUUAUCCAAGGUAUUUCAAGGUAUGACGAAUCACGAGAGCAAGUAUCCGGGGGUGAAGGAUAGCAAUUAUUAUCAUUAUCAGCAUUACGACGGUGCGUAUGAUACGCAGACGACGAAAAAGACCGAUGCGAGAUAUCCAUCGAUAUCCACAUCGCCCAUUUAUAGAACGAUGGAGAACACCCAGCCGGCAGUUAAGUAUCGGAACACGGACUUUAGAUAUACCGAGACUCAAACCACUCCGAUUUAUUACGAUCACAAGCGUUUGGAUGUGGUAGAAGCCGCGGGAUCGGCGAACCGGCAGUUUGUGGUCGGUAACGUACCCAAAGAAUAUCCCUUUGAUGUGAAAGCGGCCGUCUUGCCGAUAGACAGCAAGAAUGGCGUUAAUUAUGUAUCGACCGAGAUCGGGCAAACGCAAUUCGAGAGGGAUAUCGCGCAAGGUUUCAAUUUCCCACCGAACUCAGCUGAGGUGUAUAAUUAUCAGGUGGAAGCGUCGACCGUCAGAUCGGACGAUGGAUAUGAAGAAAUCGAGAUAACGCCGACCGCGGUAGCUGUCGAACAUGGACCGCGAUCUCUCAAGGUCAAACGUUCCGUUGGUACCAGCGAAGAUGACCAACGUUCGAGAUUGAAGAGAGAUUCGGUGAUACAGGUGAUACCGUCGAAACAUGAAUUGGAAGAGGAACGUGAGGAGGCGGAGAAGGAAGAAGACUUGAGCAACGAGAUUCUAGAUAUCAUUGAUUCGGCAUUGCCAGGUGGAGAACAGCAAAAGACGAAGAAUAAUAGCGAGGAAAACGAGGUGGAAGAUUUCAAGGGACAAAAAAAAAGACAGCAGGAGGAAGUCAAUACGCGUGCGAAGGAGUCUACUAUGAGGACUCUUACCACCGUAAAAAAUAUGGAAAAAGAUACGACGAAUAGUCCCGAAAGCGUAACAUCAUCUCCCAAGAUCGUCGAGCCAAUGAACGAUGGUGGUUCAAGCACCUCUUCUUCCGAAAUUUCUUCCGAUCGAGGCACCUCGGAGAUCCAUUUCGCUACAACAUCGAAUCCGAAAACCUCGGAAGCGACGACUGUCGAAUGGUUCGAGAGCUCGACCACGAAGAAACCCCCGGAAGGCUUCAGUAUUUUCAACUUCGUGAAGAAAGUGGCUGAGAUCAAGUUCAGGCUGGGCUUGACAAUUCUAAAGCAUGCCAGCGAAGGAUUCGCGAGAUAUCUAGGUCACGUACAGAAGAGGAUCAACGGCGAGGAAUGAGGGUGAUCGUGUAUAACUAACUCGGAAGAGCGAUGAUAAAUUAAUUGGCGAUAAAAAUUUUACGUUUUUGUUUUAAUAAUAAUUUAUACGCGAAUUUUCCGAUCUAUCUUAUGCGGCGCGCGCUUGCUUCAAAACAUUAUUCAUCGGAAUAACUGCGAUCCUGAAGAGCCUCGUAACGGUGGUCGGCAAACGCGAAGAAGCAGCACACAUCUUCCCCGACAUCUUUACGGUCGAUUCGAGACGCGAUUUCACGGACGAUCAUUUUUAUCUGUUUGCAUCGCCGAUAAAUGAUCGUCCUUUCACUUAGAAAGCUAAAACGAUGAAGAGAAACACGAACUACUGUUACGUCGAACGAAUGGCUUCCUCUUCAAAGUGUUGAAUCUUUCGCCAGGAUCCUCUUCGAUGCUCGACGCGCGGGGGAUCGAUGAUCGACGACAAUGCAAUGUAUUUGGGUUUCACGAUAACGGGUUUGAUUAAUAUGACAAGCUUUAAUAUCGGUUUUCGGAUCCUCGCGCGCGCACACACGACACGUGUUUUAAAAAUAUACUUCUUCAAGUUCAAAAGUAGCGCUGGAGUUUGGUGAAGGGUUUCGAUAAACGUUUUUUCUUCCAAAAAAUCGCGAUUAAAUUUUUAUUGAAAAUCUCUUUACAUAACUAAUUUGGUAUGCGUGCUGCUCUUAUUUCGUCUCGCCAAAGAGCGAGCAAAAAUGUACGAACGAGCCGAUAUUAGGCAACUUAUACCGUAAAGUAUUCUAUAAAUAAAUAAAUAAUGAAACAAAUAUAAAUGAAUAAAUAAAUAAGUAAAACUCUCUCUCUAUAUAAUACCCUGAUAUGAGUUAUGUAAAUAAAUAUUGGAGAUUGUAAACGCUCUUUUUUCUCUAUAUAUAUUACGUUGCAUAAAAAUACUAAAACAUUUAUUUUUUAUAGAAAAGUUAUUGAUAGAGAAGUUACUAAUUA